GAAGACAACACUCGUCCUCCUCUAGGUGGGAUUUUCAUUUCACGGGCCUCUGCUCUCUCCUUUCUUAUAUCAUCAUCGUCUCCUCUGGUUCACUGAUUCCUUUGGCUUCUUCAAUUUUCUUGAUAAUUAAUUGAGAUUUAUCAGUAACCAUGGAUGCUGAUUCUUGGGCCGCUCGUCUAUCUUCUACUUCCAGGCGCUAUCAAUCCGCUUCCCAGUCUCGAUCUGGGAUGAGAUGGGAGGGUAUCGAUGCGGAAAUGUUGAUAGGUUUCGAAGAAAUCGACAUGGUAGAUGAUGAUGUGAGAGAGGAGUUUCCAUGCCCGUUUUGUUCCGAAUAUUACGAUAUCGUUGGAUUAUGCUGCCAUAUUGAUGAUGAGCACCCUGUUGAGGCCAAGAACGGGGUGUGUCCAGUUUGCGAAAUGAGGGUGGGGGUUGAUAUGGUUGCACACAUAACAUUGCAGCAUGGGAAUAUCUUCAAGAUGCAGCGCAAGAGGAAAUCACGCAAAGGGGGUUCUCAUUCGACACUUUCACUGCUAAGGAGGAAACUGCGAGAAGGAAAUUUACAGUCUCUCUUAGGAGGGUCUUCCUUUAUAGCUCCUUCGAGUAGUGCUGCACCUGACCCAUUACUGUCAUCGUUUAUUUUGCCUAUGGCUGAUGAUUUUGGGAGUGCUCAGCCACGCUCUUCUGCUGAAGCCAUCUCAGCUAUGAAGAGCACUCCAGAAAACGUAUCUGAAAGAAAACAACCUCCAUUGUCAAUUAAGGAUAAAGAGGAGAGGACAAAGAGGAGCGAGUUUGUUCAAGGACUGCUGUUGUCCACAAUUCUCGACGAUAACUUGUGAAGGGACCUGCCAUUGGCGCACUCAUGGACACACUCGAAUUCACGGAUAAUGGCCGCAUGUUGAGUGGUUUGCCUAGUCGUUCUGAUGUAUGAAAAUCCAACCAUGGAAUAAGAUGUAGUUACAAGUGUUUUGUGUCUCUCUAGUAGAAUAGUUGUUAGGUUUCCAACUCCUGUAUUCCUUUCCAAAUAUAAGUUAAUGCUUUGACUAUAUACAUAUAUAUAUAAUUAAAAGUAGCUUGCCCAA